AAAACCGAACCCUAUUUGCCACCACUCUCUCCCUAAACUAUUACUAUAAAUUUCUGCCACAAACCCCUCAACAAACUCACCAACAUUCUCACUCUUCUCUGCCUCUUCAUCACUUAAAAAAAAAUGCACAAUCUCAAGCAUGUGACUUCUCUUUUGAAUCUCUUCUUCUUCUUGUGCCUAUUCAAUGUAUGUGUGGCCGGAGCCGGAGAUAAUUCCGGCGACCCAUUGGCGGGAGUGAACCCAUUCACACCAAGAGCGUCUCUGAUUCGUUAUUGGAAGAAUCAAAUCUCCAACGACUUGCCCAAAUCUGAGUUCCUUCUCAACAAGGCCUCCCCAUUGAGCGCCGUGGAAUUGGCGACUUUUUCCAGACUCGCCGAUCACAACGGCCUCUCCGCGCAGCUGUCCUCGUUCUGUUCCUCGGCGAAACUGCUCUGCUUCCCCGAUUUAUUGGCGAGCCUCGAAAAGCACGACCAGAACGUCAACUUCGCCUCGUACCACAGCAAGAACUUUACCAAUUACGGAACGAGUCGACCCGGCGGGUUCGACUCGUUCAAGAACUACUCGGACAACGACAACCUCCCGGUCGACUCGUUCAGGAGGUACAGCCGCGACUCGGUGGGUCACGGCGACAAGUUUUCCCAUUAUGCCCCUGAUGGCAACGUCGUCGACCAGAGCUUCAACACGUACGGUGCCGCCGCCACCGGCGGCGCCGGCGAAUUCAAGAACUACAACCACUUCGUCAACGUCCCCAACCUCCGGUUCACCAGCUACUCCGACGACAGCAAUGGCCGGAAACAAUCGUUCACCAGCUACACCGAAGACAGCAAUUCCGGCGCAGAGUCGUUCUCGAGCUACGGCAAGAACGGCAAUGCCGCCGGCAACGAGUUCACUGGCUACGGAAAGAAUUCGAAUGUCAUGGGUUCGAGCUUCACUGGCUAUGGCGAGACUGGGAAUAGCGUGGGUGACACCUUCACCUCUUAUGCGUCUAUGGGCAAUAACCCACAAAACAAUUUCAAGAAUUACGGUGAUGGUGGCAAUGCCGCCAUUGAUACAUUCAAGAAUUACAGAGAUCAGUCCAAUACUGGGGACGAUUCUUUCCAAUCUUAUGCCAAGAAUUCGAACUCAGAGAAGGUCAAUUUCUUGAAUUACGGUCAAUCCUUCAACGAAGGUACGGACAAGUUCACUGGGUACGGAAAUGGGGCUAAGGGUCAGACCGUCGGGUUCAAAAUCUAUGGAGUCAACAAUACCUUCAAAGACUACGCCAAAAAGGGUGUCACUUUUGGUAGAUACAUUAAUCAGAGCUCUGAAGUGUUGGCUUCAAUGGCGACCGAUGGCAAACCCGUAAAUAGAUGGGUGGAGCCGGGCAAAUUUUUCCGGGAGAGAAUGCUGAAGAGUGGGACUGUGAUGCCUAUGCCUGACAUUCGCGAUAAAAUGCCUGUGAGGUCGUUUUUGCCCCGGGUCAUUUCAUCGAAAUUGCCCUUUUCCACUUCGAAGCUCACUGAGUUGAAGCAAAUCUUUCACGCCGGUGAUAACUCGAGCAUGGAGAGUAUACUCGCGGACGGGUUGAGCGAGUGCGAGAGGGCUCCAAGCCCGGGUGAGACCAAGCGGUGUGUCGGGUCUGUCGAGGACAUGAUUGAUUUCGCCACCUCGGUUUUGGGUCGGAACGUGGAGGUUCGAACCACCCAAAACACUAAUGGGUCAACUCGGAAUGUGAUGAUCGGAUCCGUCAAAGGAAUUAACGGCGGCAAAGUCACGAAAUCGGUGUCUUGUCACCAGAGCCUAUUCCCUUACCUACUCUAUUAUUGCCACUCGGUUCCCAAGGUUCGGGUCUACGAAGCGGAUCUAUUGGAUCCGAAAACCAAGGCCAAGAUCAAUCGUGGGGUUUCUAUUUGUCACUUGGAUACAACGGAUUGGAGCUCGGGUCAUGGAGCUUUCGCAGCAUUGGGUUCGGGUCCGGGGAAGAUUGAGGUGUGCCAUUGGAUCUUCGAGAAUGACAUGACUUGGACCAUUGCUGAUUGAGUCUAGGGCCAUUUGUGAGUUGGUUUGGGACAACUGAGCCAUGGGUUCGACCCCAAAUCAAAACUCAAUUAAGUUACCUUUUAAAAUUGCAUUUAUGUUCAUAUAUGUUAAAGCUACCGUUUUUUAGUUCAAAAUUUAGUUAUAGUUUUGUCCACAAGUUUAGUGAAUGUUUUUAUUUAUUGGCUCCUCCUAAUCAAUUGUUGAGCAAAAGGGUAUUUCAAACCCUAGAAAUACCUCUAUUAUCUAUAAUGUUACUAAAAUUUUGCA